UGCUAUUUUGUGGACUGAGGAGCCCUAGGAAUUAUGUUGCUCGGCAAUUUUCGGGAUCCGACAGCUUUCUCGGAUCUCGAAUAGUCCCUUUCGGAGCAGAACCGGGAUUGUGUUGGCAGUCACUGGCAUGCAAAUUCGGGGUUCCGUGAAUCCUGGGUUUUAGCACAGUUGUGCAUGAAGAAGAAGAAGAAAAAGGGGUCAGAAUAAGAAGUGGAAAACCAUAAAGCAGUUGCUAUGGACCCUAAGGAUUUUUACCUGUUGGCCACUCUGGUCACCUGCUUUUGGUUAGAUCCAGCUAUAGCCCAGGAGCUCAUCUACCCUAUUAGAGAGGAGUUGCAAGAAAAUACUCUCAUUGGAAACAUACCAAAGGAUCUGAACAUUUCUCAUACAAACUCUGCCACUGGAGCCAGUGCUAAUCUGGUUUACAGGCUGGUUUCUAAAGCUGGGGAUAACCCCUUAGUGAGAGUUUUAAGCAGUACUGGGGAGAUCUUUACAACUUCUAACCGCAUCGAUAGGGAGAAACUGUGCCCUGGCCCUUCCUAUGAGGAUAGCGAAUGUUCCUUUGAGAUCGAGGUAGUCGUCCUUCCGAAUGAUUAUUUCAGGCUGAUUAAAAUUAAAAUAAUAGUCAAGGACACAAAUGACAACGCCCCCAUGUUCCCAUCCCCAGUUAUAAACAUUUCCAUCCCAGAGAACACGCUGAUUAACAGCCGCUUCGCCAUUCCCUCUGCCACUGAUCCAGACAUGGGUUUUAACAGUGUGCAGCACUAUGAGCUUGUGAACGGGCAGAAUGCCUUCGGCUUGGACAUUGUGGAAACACCCGAAGGGGAGAAGUGGCCCCAGCUGAUUGUGGAGCAGAACUUGGACAGGGAGCAGAAGGACACUUAUGUGAUGAAAAUAAAGGUAGAGGACGGUGGCAGCCCUCAAAAGUCCAGUACGGCCAUUCUCCAGGUAACCGUGACAGAUGUGAACGACAACCAGCCCAUUUUUAAGGAGAGUCAGAUAGAGGUCCAUAUCCCAGAGAAUUCCCCAGUGGGCACCUCCGUGGUACAGCUGCAAGCCACGGAUGCAGACAUUGGGCCCAAUGCUGACAUCAGAUAUGUUUAUGGCUCCCAGGUUUCCUUAGCCACUAAAACACUUUUUUCACUGAACUCCACCACAGGCCUUAUAACAGUGCAGCGGCCUUUAGACAGAGAGGAAAGUGCCAUCCACAAGAUGGUAGUGCUGGCGAGUGAUGGCAGUUCAACCCCAGCUAGAGCUAACAUUGUCAUUAAUGUGACAGAUGUUAAUGAUAAUCCUCCAAACAUAGAUCUGAGGUACAUCAUCAGUCCAAUUAAUGGCACGGUUUUCCUUUCUGAGAAAGACCCUGUUAAUACCAAGAUCGCUCUGAUUACAGUGUCAGACAGAGACACAGAUGUCAACGGAAAAGUAAUUUGCUUUAUUGAAAAGGACGUACCCUUUCACCUUAAAGCAGUUUAUGACAACCAGUAUUUGUUAGAGACCUCCUCACUACUUGAUUAUGAAGGCACCAAAGAGUAUAACUUUAAAAUCGUAGCAUCCGACUCUGGUAAGCCAAGCUUGAAUCAGACAGCUUUAGUGCGAGUGAGGCUGGAGGAUGAGAACGAUAACCCUCCCAUCUUUAAUCAGCCUGUAAUUGAAUUGGCUGUCAUGGAAAACAAUAAAAGGGGCAUGUUCCUCACCACCAUCAGUGCUGUGGAUGAGGACAGUGGAAAGAACGCAGAAAUUGUUUACCAGCUUGGACCUAAUGCAUCCUUCUUCGACCUGGAUCGUAAAACUGGGAUUCUCACAGCUUCUCGAGUGUUCAACCGAGAGGACCAGGAGCGUUACCUCUUCACAGUGACGGCAAGGGACAACGGGACACCUCCGCUUCAAAGCCAGGCUGCCGUUAUAGUCACCAUACAGGAUGAGAAUGACAACAGUCCUAAGUUCACGCACAACCACUUUCAGUUUUUUGUGUCUGAGAACCUACCUAAGUACAGCACGGUUGGAGUGAUCACUGUGACCGACGCCGAUGCCGGAGAGAAUGCCGUCGUGACACUCUCCAUACUGAAUGACUAUGAAAAUUUCAUCUUAGAUCCCUAUUCUGGAGUUAUAAAGUCCAACGUGUCCUUCGACAGAGAGCAGCAGAGCUCCUACACCUUUGACGUCCGGGCAGUUGACAGUGGGCAGCCGCCUUGCUCAUCAUCAGCCAAGGUGACUAUAAAUGUUAUCGAUGUCAACGACAACACUCCCAUUGUUAUUUAUCCUCCGUCAAAUACUUCAUUCAAGUUGGUACCCCUCUCUUCCAUUCCUGGAUCGGUGGUGGCUGAGGUCUUUGCCGUGGAUGGAGACACGGGAAUGAAUGCCGAGCUGAAAUACACUAUUGUGAGUGGCAAUAACAAUGGCUUGUUCAGGAUUGACCCCGUGACGGGCAACAUUACCCUUGAGGAGAAGCCGUCUGUCGCUGACAUUGGCCUCCAUCGCCUGGUGGUCAACAUAAGCGAUCUGGGUUACCCAAAGUCUCUAUAUACCCUGGUCUUGGUGUUCCUGUAUGUGAAUGACACCGUGGGCAAUGCCACUUACAUUUAUGACCUAAUUCGCAGAACCAUGGAGACUCCCUUGGAUAAAAACAUCGGUGACAGCGGCGAGACUUAUCCGAGUGGAGACUACUUGACAAUUAUGAUUGCUAUUGUGGCAGGGGCCAUGGUGGUAAUAGUGGUGAUAUUCGUCACCAUCCUGCUACGUUGUCGCCAUGUUUCGAGGUUUAAGGCGGCUCAGAGGAAAAAGCAGGGUGCCGAGUGGAUGUCCCCCAAUCAGGAGAAUAAGCAGAAUAAAAAAAAGAAGCGGAAGAAAAGGAAAUCGCCGAAAAACUCCUUGCUGAACUUUGUCACCAUUGAAGAGACCAAACCUGAUGACCCUAUGCACAAACCCAUUAACGGCACUAUAAGUCUUCCAGCGGAGCUGGAGGAGCAGGGCAUAGGGCGCUUUGACUGGAGCUCCGCGCCCACCAGCACCUUUAAACCCAGCAGCCCCGACCUGGCCAGGCACUACAAGUCGGCCUCUCCGCAGUCCGCUUUCCACCUGAAGGCUGACACCCCAGUGUCUGUGAAGAAGCAUCAUGUGGUUCAGGAGCUCCCCUUGGACAACACCUUCGUCGGGGGCUGCGACACCCUCUCGAAGCGGUCCUCCACCAGCUCAGACCACUUCAGUGCCUCUGAAUGCAGCUCCCAGGGUGGCUUCAAGACAAAGGGGUCCUUGCACACCAGACAGGGAACUUUAACUCGAGCCAGGACUGAACUGAAUCCUGAAUAUCUGGACCUCCGAUCCCGGACUGAACUGAACCCUGAAUAUUGGACUCCUUGCACACCUUUAUCGCAGCGACGCGUAACGUUCCACCUGCCUGACGGCUCCCAGGAAAGCUGCAGUGACAGUGGUCUAGGGGACCAUGAGCCCGUGGGCAGUGGAACUCUCCUCUCACACCCUCUUCCUCUGGUUCAGCCGCAGGAGGACUUCUACGAACAGGCCUCUCCUGACAAACGGACUGAAGCGGAUGGCAACUCCGACCCCAACUCUGAUGGCCCUCUCGGACCAAGAGGACUGGUAGAAGCCACGGAGAUGUGCACCCAGGAGUGCUUGGUGCUGGGCCACUCAGACAACUGCUGGAUGCCCCCAAGCCUUGGGACGUACCAACAACCCAAGUCCCCCAUUUCUGCCUUUGCCAACCAAAAGGACUGGGCCAAAGACAAACUGCUGAACGGGCACACUCUGACGCGGACCUGGAAGAGUGAGGGCAGCCGGGACCAGUUUGAGGAUCGGAAGCAAUUUGGCAGCGCCGAAGGACAUUUCACCCAGGCUGGUCACAUGACAGACAUUCCACUGGCUAGCUUGAAAUCCUACAAACAAGCUAUGGGGCCUGACAGUCCGAAGGAGCACCAGUUAUAA